AUGGCGGUUUACAAUGUGUUUACUCAAAACGUAGUGUGUACGUAUAGGGCUACUGUUUGUUCUAAAGCUACUGUUUUUGUGUUAUUUAUUACGGGAACUACAGUAAUAAUACCCUUAAUUAUAGCGUACCGAAGUUACGGAUUCUGGAUCAAGGCAGAUACUUACAGGGAGCAACCAGAUGUGCAUUUUAAGCACAAGUUUAUCGCAGUUGCAGAGUCAAAUCAGUUGGACAAACCAAUUAUCUGCAGCAACUUCUGGAAUCUGAAUAGUAUUCUGAGUGACUACAGCCAUUGUUCAGUCGUCAAGACAAGAGAAGAAGACAGAGAUAUUGAUGGAAAAAAUGAAUUACUGUUUUUUGAAAUGGAACUUCUCUUACACAGAACUGAAGCAGUUUUCUCACUGAUACUCUUUCUAGUUUUUGAUUAUAAGCUCUAUAAGUACAGUGCAUUUCAAAUGGAGUCACUUGCCAUCAUUCAGCAUUCAUCUAGUCUGCCAGGUGCAAGAUUUGACAUAGUAGGUGACCUGAAACUAGUUCAAAAACAACCACUUUUUCAUGAUGGAAGAGAUGUGAGCUUUAAUUAUUCUUGCAUAGAUGAAGAAAGCACUGAUCCGCAAGUUUUUAAUUUGCAGAAAAUUAUAAAAGAAUAUGUUGGCAGGAAUGUUUCUACUGCAGUAACAAAUGCAUAUCCACUGUGGACUGUCGGAAGAGCCGCUGGUGCCCCAUUUGUUAUAUCAGCCACAAUUUACUAUCCAGAAGAUACUAUUCUGUAUAAGCCUGGUUUCUGGCAAGUUGUCAAGUGGGCAUGGGUACAGUAUUUAUCAGUGCUGGUGGUAAUAAUGUAUAUUACCAACAAAAUAAAAAGCUAUGUAUUUGGGAACUACCUCAUUUCCAGCUUCAGAAUUGUACCUUGGAAAAAAGAUGUAUGAGUGCUAUUUCACAUGUUGACUCAAAGUAUAUUUACAUCUGUGAUAUUUCUGUGGUUAAUAAUGCCACUCGUAAUUUUGUAUGAACACUUUUUUACCUUUUUAUGUAAUAAAAUAGAUGUAUAGAAACUUUGUACUAUAACUUAAACCUUGGCCAGUACUGAGAUCUUGCAGUAAACAGCAAAACGAGUUGCCUCAAGGAAGUUAAGUAAGAGCUAAGUGUAACAGCUUUAGAAGUGUUUGAAUAAUCCUGUAAUUAAGGAACUGAAAAAAAUGGUGUUGCCAUAAACCACACCAAACUUAGCACACACGUGUGUGUUGUAAGUAUUAAGGGACUCAAAGAUAAGGAGAAAUUAAUUAUAGGGAUAAAAUAUGGAACUCUUGCAGAACUGGUCACUAACUUCUGAAAUUGAGACAAAGUAUUGAGUCCAAACAGCAUUGUUUUACAAAUUUGUUCCUGUAAUAUAGAGAUAGUUGGCCUCUGGACUUCUACCCCUAUUCAGAUUCCAAUAUUUCUUGGAACACUUAGUUCAUACUGUUGCCAUCAAUAUGUAAGCCAUUGAGAAUGCGCACAGCAUAUUAUCUCUCUAAUGAAAUCUGUUGCCAGUUAUUGACAAAACUAUGAAAUUAAUGACUAUCACAAAUACAUCACUAAAAGAAAGUGAUCUUGACUGCCUGAUACUGAAUGUACUGCCAGAUAAUGUGUAUUUGGUUUAGAAAUUUCUUGACAUGUAACACUGCAAAGCAAUACUCCAGCAGAGGGCUGACAAGCGUGGUGUAAGCAGUCUCUUUAGUAAAACUGUUGCACUUGCCAAUAAAUCAAUGUCUUUGCUUUGCUUUACCCACAAAAUUGUGUAUAUAAUUGUUCCAGUUUAUUUGUAAUUGUAAUCCCCAAUAUUUAGUUGAAUUUAUAGCCUUUAGAUUUGUGCGAUAACAAUGUGACCUCUUGCUGUAUUCCUUCUGCCUCAGUACCAGUAUAUCCACAUUUAAGAGACUUGAGAGUUUCUCCAUCAAGGAAGGAGGUCAACAUAGCAUGCCUCAGAGAGUGUUGUAUUAAAGACUCAGUUUAUAACUGCUGCAUGUAUUUUAGAUGAUGCUGUGCUGUUGUUUGGGCUCUCAAGUUUGAACAUUGUGCCUAAUUAUUACACAUUGUGGGAAAAAUGUGGCUUCAUCAGUGAACAUAGCUUGUAACAGACACUUGUGCGUCAGUUUCGUGAAGUAUCUCUCAGGCAUAUUUCAUACGAUGCUUCGUGCCUCAGCAGAGCGACUCUUCCAUGUAUAUAUGAGUUCAGCCAUUGAAGUUCCCACUAUGAUAUUGUGUACACACUGUACAUAUGUUUUUCGGAAGAGCAACCCAUGGAGCUGGUCUCAAUACAGUCAUCUAUUAAUGACAGUGUGUGUUACCUACAGUAAUUUUAAGUGAAAUUUUUAAAGGAUUUCAAAUGCAUACUUGGCACUUAUUCUGUCAGCUUAUCAGAGGCAAGUUGUGGUGUAGACCUCCAUGGUAUAUUUCCAAGACACUGCCUGUAACAAGAAAUUUCUUUUGCUGUCCUCUACUCAUUUUUUGACGAGUGCUGUUUCUGGAUACAUGACAGCAGUACCUUUCGGCCGUGUCACUAAACCUCUUUGCAUUAACUCUAUUCGCAGCUGCUGUAAUAAAAUGGGAUUUCAUUAUUUUAAAAGAGACUAUAAUCUGUCAUAACCAGUUAUCUUAGUAACCACCAUUCUCAACUAAGCUACCCUUCUGUCAUCCUCCAGGGCAAACAUUAAUAUCGCUACAGGGAUUUAUGUAAACUAACAUUUACUUUGAAGGUAUGUGAUAAGGACUGUCACCUCUCAUAAUGUGCAACCAUUUGAUCUUCACUGUGAAAUCUAUAAUUUAUAAUCACUCCACUUCCAGCACCUAUAGGAUGGCCCAGUCUACAUGACUGUUGUGAGUAAGGAGUCUGAAGGCAAUAAAAAAGACACCUAAAUUGUUCUCAAUUUUUAUUAUAAAUUUUCUUUUUCAGUAAAAGGAUUCUAAAGAUAUUAAUUACUCAUUGAAGCUUGACAUCACAAUAUUGUAAAGGUACUGUGUUUGUUUUGUACAUGACUUGUAUAUGUGCUAUUUGCACAAUUCAGUCUCCACAAUCUUAUAUUGUAUAGAAGAGUUAAAAAUAUCCAAAAAAGAAAAAUAUUAAUUACAAAGUAUUAUACAUGAUCGACAUAAGAUGUUCUUUCAAAAUAUAUCUGCUGCAUCAAUUGAGUUAAAUUAUUCCCGACAAUGAUUACCUUAUUUGUAUAAAGCAUUCUACGCAUUCUUGUAUAAAAUAUACCCACACAAAAGAGAUCCUGACAGCACAAGGAAAUCAAUUAACUGCUUUACACAAGCAGAUUGUCAAAUGGCUUUUCAACUGGCGAUGGCACAUCAUAUCUAUUGUCUUCAAGAAUUAUUGUUUCUCUUGGAAAAUCAUCCAUCUGUACGAAUAAAUAC